GAGCCGUCGGCAAUGCCUGCCCAGGCCUCAGCCCCUACUGAGGCUCCACCGGUGGCCUCUCUAGAAGCACAGGAGACUGGACCAGCCCCAGCCAAAGAGAACCAAGUGGAGAUGGGGGCUGAGGAGACGGUGGCCCCUGCCUCGCCCCACCAGAAGUCCUGGCUGGUGCGGCAUGUCUCCCUGCUGCUGCGGCGGGACCGGCAGGCCCAGAAGGCCGGGCAGCUCUUCUCGGGGCUCCUGGCCCUCAACGUGGUGUUCCUGGGCGGAGCCUUCAUCUGCAGCAUGAUCUUCAACAAUGUGGCCGUCACUCUGGGCGACGUGUGGAUCCUGCUGGCUGUGCUGAAGGCCCUCUCCAUCCUCUGGCUCCUCUACUACGCCACAGGCACCUCCCGCCGAUCGCACGCUGUGCUCUACCGGGACCCUCACGCGGGACCCAUUUGGGUGCGGGGCUCCCUGGUGCUCUUUGGCAGCUGCACCAUCUGCCUGAACGUCUUCCACAUGGGCUACGACGUGAGCCACAUCCAGUGCAAGUCGCAGCUGGAGCUCGUCUUCCCUGCCAUCGAGAUCGUCUUCAUCGGUGUCCAGACCUGGGUGCUCUGGAAACACUGUAAGGAUUGUGUUCAGGUCCAGACCAACUUCACUAGGUGUGGCCUGAUGCUGACCCUGGCCACCAACCUGCUGCUGUGGGUUCUGGCCAUCACCAACGACUCCAUGCACAGCGAGAUCGAGGCCGAGCUCAGCGCCCUCGUGGGGAAGCUCUCAGGCAAUGAGACCAAUACCUGCCUGUGCCUCAACGCCACAGUGUGCAAGGUCUUCCGGAAGGGCUACCUGAUGCUCUACCCCUUCAGCACCGAGUACUGCCUCAUCUGCUGUGCUGUGCUCUUUGUCAUGUGGAAGAACGUGGGCCGCCGCCUGGCACCCCACACAGGCGCCCACCCCGGCACCCUGCCCUUCUGCCUGCACGGGGCCAUCUUUGGGCCACUGCUGGGCCUGCUGGUGCUGGUGGCAGGCGUGUGCAUCUUCGUGCUCUUCCAGAUCGAAGCCAGCGGCCCCACCAUCGCGCGCCAGUACUUCACCCUCUACUAUGCCUUCUAUGCGGCUGUGCUGCCCGCCAUGAGCCUGGCGUGCCUGGCGGGCACGGCCAUCCACGGGCUGGAGGAGCGAGAGCUGGACACGCUCAAGAACCCCACCCGCAGCCUGGACGUGGUGCUGCUGAUGGGCGCAGCCCUGGGCCAGAUAGGCAUAGCCUACUUCUCCAUCGUGGCCAUCGUGGCCACUCACCCCCACAAGCAGCUCAACCGCCUCAUCCUGGCCUACUCGCUGCUGCACAUCCUGCAGCACAUCGCCCAGAACCUCUUCAUCAUCGAGGGCCUCCACCGGCGCCCGCUCUGGGAGGCAGCUCCCGAGGGCCUGGCGGGGAAGCAGGAGGCAGGGCCACCCCGUAGGGGCUCCCUGCUGGAGCUGGGCCAGGACCUGCGGCGGGCCUCGCGCACCUAUAUCCACUCCUACAGCCACCUCAACCAGAAGCGGCGGGCGCUCAAGGAGAUCUCGCUCUUCCUCAUCCUCUGCAACAUCACACUGUGGAUGAUGCCCGCAUUUGGGAUACACCCAGAGUUUGAGAACGGACUGGAAAAGGAUUUCUAUGGCUACUGGACAUGGUUCACCAUCGUCAACUUUGGCCUGCCGCUGGGGGUCUUCUACCGCAUGCACUCUGUGGGGGGGCUGGUGGAGGUCUACCUGGGGGCCUGAGGCUGCCCAAGGAACCCACCCCCGGCAGAACCUCAAAGUGCCAAGGCUGGGGGGAAGGUAGCCCAGAGCAUUCCAGGGCGCCCUGGACCAGCCUGGGCCCCCCAAAGCCUCCCCCUCCCCAAUGCCUCACUGAGAUGGGAGGGCACUGUCUGCAGCCCAAGACCAAGGGCAGCGUCUGGACACUGAGCUCCUGAUGCCCACACCCAGGACUGGGCACACGCCUGCCCCCCGCUUACCACCACAAUCAGAACUACCCAGGAUGCACCUCAGGAAGCCACAACUACUCUCUAGGAGGGUCAGUCCUAAAUAACUGAGUCUGGGGAGUUUGGAGAGGGGAGCCCCUACCCAGCCAGGCCUCAGUGGUCUGCCUCCUACUGUGGGAAGGGCACACGGUCCAAGCCCAGCCCAGGACAUCCUGGGAGCUUGAAGCUCGGCAGACAGCCCUGCUCCUCCCUCCCCACACACCCUGUCUCCUAAUGAGCUCAUUAAUUAGCUGCCAGGCAGGGUUCAACAGCUGUCUCCCUCUGCCAUAAACCCUGUUUGUUUGAUCGAUUACAU